AUGCCGCUUGAUCUCGAUUCUCUUCCUCCAAACACAAGCUUUGAAACGAUCCUUCCGCAGCUUCGCAAAGCUGUCAUCGGCAACCCGGCCUUAAAGGCCCGGCUCACUCGUGCUCCAGACUUUCUCUGGUGGCUCCAGAGCCAGAUGUGCUCAGCCCUCGAGAAUUUGGACCACGGUUGGCCUGAAUUCGCCUCCCGCAUAGAGUUUUUACAUCUCUUGGUCACCCCGGAACUGUCUGUUACUCCGGGAGCAGACCAUGCACAGCUUAUGUGGUGUGUGCCGCUUAUAGGAAGGUUUCUUGACCAUGUGUCCGGUAAAGCGCUUGCUGAAGCUUUUGUGGACCCAUCCGAAUCUUCGUGGACUCUUCUAGACCUGAUGGUUACUAGUGCCUUUUCCAUAUUGCUUGAAUUAGCCAACGUACUGCCUCUUGCUGUGGCCGAGUCUGCAGAUCCAUUUUGGCGUUCAAUAACCCUGGUUGCUUUGGUCACUCACUCUCCCUCAUCCGAUACCUUCCCCUUGAAGAAAGCCCUUCAAGCGGGUCUUGCUUUAGUGCCCGUGUACUUGGAAAGUGAUCCGGGGGCGAACGCCGAUGCUCUUCUUGCAGUUGUAUUGCGCCGUUUGCUCACUGAGUUUGACCACUUUCCAAAAGGCGAGGAACUGAAAUCUAUUGAGAAGAAUGCCGAACUUACUUCGUCCACGUUCUCAAACCUCAAUGAUAUGCUCAUGCCCAACACUGUUCCUGACUUCCACACAUUGGAAAAAGUGGUGCAUAUUCCGAUUUUGUGCUCUUUGAUUGUGGUGGCCGCACAGUUACUCAAUUACUUCAAGCCCCGCCAAAGAUCUCUCUCACUUCUUGAACGUCAGUUUUACAAUUCUACUGAAGUGCGUCUUUGCUUGGUAGCCUUACUUCAAAGCAACGGAGUACAUCUUUUGAGUACUGCAACACUAAAUUUGAUCUCCUGCUAUUUGGAUCAUAUCUCCUCUGCUUCUCAUUCACAAGAGAAGCUUGCGACAUCUAUCAUUGAGAGUUUGUUUCCUCGCAUUAUUGACCUUCUCGGAAUCUCAAAUAAGAUGGUCGUGUUGCCCAAGUUUUUGGAGCUUCCCAUAUCAAUUCUCUCUGAUCUUUGUUUGAAAUACCCAGGAGUUUGCUCCUAUAUCCGUAAUACAAAUGUGGAUUUCCAGAUAAUGCUGGAAUUGGAGUCGCUUUUCUCGCAAUCUUUGCUUUUGAAGCAAAUUCAUAUCCUCAAGACCUCCUCUGGUUGUGGCACUAAGCUUGUGAAUUUCAAUGCCUUGAAGUCUCUGAUAACUGAAUCCCGUUUGUUGGAUGACGGUGUUCAAACGGCUCAGAUGGAUACCAUUGCAAAUUAUUUGCUUUUACUCAGUGUGUUCACCAGUUCGAACGAUGAAUUCAGAAGGCGUGUUGCUUCGUUUAAAGACAACAAGCAGGACAAAAAUACCACCAACUUUUUGAGUCUAAUGGUUUUCGAACUUGUUGACAACUUCAGAUUUUUGUGUGAGCAAAUGUUGCUUAGCUAUAAAGCUUUCCUGGCUUUUCAAAAGCUUCCUCGGGAAAAGAGCGAACCUGAUUUUUUACCUUGGUUUGGCGGCCAUGUUGGCAUGCUUAUGAGCUUGAUCGACCACCCAAUUUAUUCCAACACAUUCUACCUCAUCCGAUCACUUUCAAGGUCCGUAUCUACUCUUCGGACUUUCUUUAUUGAUUGUAACUCCAUUCAGAGCCCAUUUGACAAUGAGUCAUCUCAUAAAGCUAGUGACUCUUCCAAUUUGUCGAGGUCUAUUUUGGAGAUAGUUUCAUCAAAUUAUGAUAAGGAAAUGACUUUUGACCGAGAGGGAAGUUUUGUUUCGAGCUUACUCAGAAUUUUGAAUGUUUUGGACCCUGUCUACACGGCCAUGAUGUAUUUUUCAACCCAGAAAUCAAAAGAAAGAACUAUCAAAAGACACUUUGGUGAAAUCAGUAAUGCAAAGUUUGUUAUUUUGCUUGCAUUGUUGGCAAACUUUAUUUUGGACUUCACGUCGUUCCGCUAUGAGAUAGUGAACAACGACACUUUCCUUAAGGAUUUGUCCAAUUUGUACAAGAAGGCCACGGAAACCAAAAGAGAAUACGAUUACUCUGAAAUUAAAGAUUUAGAAUUGAGAGACACAGCCUAUGAACUGUCAAAGAUACAACUUGGGGUAUUGCAAAUCAUCAAGAAUUACCUCUACAACGAAAAUGAAGAGAAUAGGAAGUACAUGUGGGAGUUCAUCCCUUUGUCAAUUGUUUUUGAGAAAUCCCUUUAUGGUAUACUAAUUCCAGCAUGUGAAGAUAACGAAUUGCACAAAAUGUUAUUGCAACACAAGGUCAUUGCAUUCGAGAUUAUGAGAAACCUUACGGCGUCGUCCACAUAUUUCAGUGAGAUUAUUAAGGAUUUGUACACGGAAUUCGUUCAGGAGCAAGAAAAAGAGGGCUUGAACCAUCUUCCUUCGGAAUGGAAUGACUACCUUGUGUCGAGUAUCUUAUCGUUUGACUUGUUUGUUGAUGUUUCCACUAUCGAUAAGCUCGAAACAAAGUUUUUGAGCGACGACGAGUUUUUACUUCGCCUACUUCUAGAUCCAGAUUACGUGCGACUUAUUGUUGGCAUCAAUUACACAGAAGAUCACAGGUACACUAACAGUACAACACUUCGGAAACGUGAUCUUCCAAGUAAUAACCUCUUGAAUGUCUGGAAGAGACUUUUGGAAGUCGAGUUACUGAAGGAUCUAGAACGCAAGAUUUGUCACGGCUCGUCGGAAAAGACUCUUCAACUUUUCUCACAAUUGAGCGAGGUCAAAGUGUCGAUUGAUUGGCUCUUGAUUAAUUUAACGUGGAAAGACCAGGAUUUUGGCUACCCGCUCACUGAUAAAGUCAAUUUCCGUCUUUUGGAUACGGUGAGAGCGAACUCCGAUAGCAGCAAUAUGUUUUCAGCCACAAAUAUCGUGGUUGAAGAUAACGAAGACGAAGAGGAGGAGGAAGAAGGGGAUGAAAAACAGUCGCGUGAAAGUGGGUUUGACUUAGAUCUGAUGCACGAGAAUACUGUUGUGUCUCCGGAGGACCGAGCACAACUCCUCUAUAAACACGGAUUUGCAAACACAUUGCAGAGAUUGAUCCGGGGCAUGUGUACGCCCGUUUUUGAUAGUGACCAAACAAGGCACGAGACAAUGAAACGGUUUCAGAAUCUCAAUGCGAACGAUUUGUACGAGAAGUCCAAAACCGCACAUCAUCAAAUAAUUCAGCUCGUGGCCGGAGUACACGAUAAUCCGCGACAAGUGCGGUUCCGUGAGCGCAAAGAGGAGAAGCAUCCAUUGCGGCGCCAGAGCAACAUCAUCAAUGCGAGAGAUGGGUUCCGUGCCAGACAAGAAAUCCAACAAGCGGCGGAAAUGCUCAUGAUCGAGCCUGAAAGUGAGGGCGACCAGAAUGAAACAGACGAAAGCAAUCAUACUGAGCCUGAGGCAGAUAUGGACGAUUACUGGAUUAGGUAA